AUGUUCAAUGUGGAAGCAUGGCGGGUCAACAUAGAUGAAGGAGGAACAGACACUGAGCCAAGCAUGAGCAGGCAAAUAGUUUGUAUGUUACUAAUACCAAUGGCCAUUGCUAGUACAACUCCACACUUUAAGUCGCCUCUCACAUUCGAGCCUGCCCACGCUAGAACAACUGCGACGAGGUCAUUGAUGAUCUGGGAGAUUCGUGCUUUCUGGUAUAGGUCAUUGAUGAUCUGGGAGAUUUAUGCUUUGAUUCGGGUCUGGUAUAGGUCUGGUAUUGGUAUAGGUCCCAGGCGCCAGGUUGAAACAUGCUAUGCACUUGAUCGCAAUGUGCACGCCACUGGUCGCAAUCCAGGUCCAAUCAAUACCAUGGAUCAUUUUCUGGAGCUCAACAAACCGCUUUUACAGACACCCUAUAUCCUCCAAAUCACGGACCUUCGACUUUGGAACACAGCUCCUUACACGAACAUCAACUGGGAGGAUCCUGCUCUAUAUGCCAACCUCCCGUCUUUCUCUGAGCUCAUGUAUGAAGAUACAUCUACAUGGCAGGUACCCGAUGGUUUUCUGCAACUCCCUAGUGCCCAUAGUAGAGAGGAGCUACCACCAACUCCUAACACGCAAGUACCGACACCCGACAACUCCACAUUCAAUUCUGAAUCAUCUGUGGAUUCUCGACCAUCUGACAUUGGUCAGACCCAGAGGCAAGUGCUUGAUUCGAACACCGAUAGCAUCACAACAGAAGCAGUCGCCACCGGCAACAAUUCCUCAUGGGCUGCACGGAACCCCAGACAACCUGUACUCACAACUCGCCAGGGUGUCAAACUCACAGAGGCACAGAAGGCAUCACAAAGAAUUGCUCAGGAGCAAUGA